CUCUUUCUUUCUUAUCCUCUGUUUUUUUGGUUUUUAAUUCAUAAAAAUCACACCUUUUUCUGUUUUCUGGGUUUUGUCUCCUUUUUCCUGCUCCCCCUUUUCUGGAUUUUCUCUUUUUUCAGUCAGCCGCCUUUUUCCACCCUUUUUGGGAUUUUGUUAAUUCCUCUAGUAAUUUGUAAAUAAUCAACUUUUUUUUUGUAAAAAGGAUACAGUUGAUCAUUGGUGAAGUUGUUGUACAGUUGGGGUUGUAACUUGUAAGAUGGGUGAUCAUUUAGCAUUACUGGUGAACCGGUUGCUUACAGAAUCAACGAUACAUGCCGCAAUCGAAAGUCGAAAUCGAGCAAAGGAGAUUGAAGAAGGCAAGGAUAUUGAGUUCUUAAUGCCAAUAGAGGAAGAUGAUGGAGAAUUAUCAUCUCCUAGGAAAGUUGUGGAGUGUAGGAUAUGCCAAGAUGAGGAUUCUGAUUCUAAGAUGGAGACUCCUUGUUAUUGUUCUGGUAGUUUGAAGUAUGCUCAUCGCAGAUGUGUACAGAGGUGGUGUAACGAGAAAGGUGACACCAAUUGUGAAAUAUGCCACCAGCCAUUCAGACCUGGUUAUUCAGCACCCCCACCUCUACUUCGAUAUGGGCGUAUUCCAUUGAAUUUCAGGAGAAACUGGCAGAUUAGCAGACGAGAAUUAGUUCAGUCACAGUUGAUGGAAGCAGUUUCAACUGAUCAUGAUGAUCUUCUAGACUCUGACUUUGAAGAACCUUCUUCAAGAAGUCUCUUAUGCCGUUUCACGGUUGCAGUGAUUUUCAUCGGUCUCCUGAUUUUACGACAUACUCUGCCAAUUGUGGUUGGUGGUGCUGAUGAUCAUGAGUUUGUUCUUCCCCUAUUUAUCCUGGCAAUGCUCCGAGUCUCAGGAAUUUUAAUGCUCGUGUAUGUCACCAUGAUGGCAGUUACUGGACUACGGCGACAAAGGAACCAAGAUGAAACCCCUAGUAUAUUGGAAACCUCAUCUGACGAAGAAAUUGAGCACCCUGAUUCACAACAACUUUCUCAUGUAAUUCAAAUUUCAUGAUUCAUCAUACAAGAACCAUUUAUGGACUUAAUCUGUAGAUCAAUCUCGCGACUGUGAACCAGAUGAUGAGGGCUUUUUCACCGCCACUUAUGUCAGGGACGCAGGUUUGAGUUAGAAAUAAAAACAUACAGAUACAAAACCUGAAAAUGAAUGUAUAAAGUUGGUAAAUACAAACAAUAUGAAAUUGAUGCUCCCACCUAACAAGGUUGAGGUGAUGCUUGUAGGGUUUUUCCUUUCUCAUUUUCUUCCCAAUUUUAUUUUGUUUCCUGUAAAUUUCGGUUUAGAAUAUAGAAAGUAGAAGGCUGCACUUGUAAGAAACAUAUAGGUAUUACUUUCUAUGUCUGUAUAAAGCUAUUGGGUUGUAUUAUACUACAGAAAUACAGUGUUAUGUUUUGUGACAAGGUUCCUUAA